AUGACGUCCGACGGCCCUGAUCCACAGAGCCUAAAGACAUGGCAGGAUGCAUUCCAAUACCCAGUUCCCACCGUGCGUCGCGUGGAGCAAGAGCUCCGCCGCGACAUUGCAAGCAAUAAGGAGAAGCUCCGGGCGCUCGUUGGUACCCGAUAUAGAGAGCUUGUUGGUACCGCCGAGACAAUUGUGUCUAUGAGUAGCAGUAUGGAAGAUGUGGAUACGACCCUGGGCGACAUUGGACGGCGUUGCAAUCCACGACUGAUAGGAAAGAAAUAUACGCAUUUGAACCAGAUAAAUGGCAAGACCACGGACCAGGAUGCCACGAAGCGAUCUCUCGGGGCGCAACUUGCGCUACUUCAUCGGUGCUCGGUGUUGAUAUCGAAGAUGUUGAGGAAGCGGGGUUCAUCCCUCCUCGUGGCGAAGCUCUUGGUUAUAUCCCGUCUUUUGCAUAAAAAUUUGUCGGAGCAGAAGUCCGCGCCGCCGUUCCUGGAAACCUUGCGCAACCAGCUUGCCUCUCUCCGACGUGGCCUCCGGAGCAGAAUUGAUAAACGCCUUUCUAGCGCUAAGUCAACCGUUGACGAUGUUAUCGAGGCUCUGGCCGCCUACUGCUUAGCUACGAGCUCAUCGUCGGACGACGCCGUUGCCUACUACCACAAGAUCCGUCUAGACGCCAUUGGAAAUCAGCUGGAGGGUGUCAAGGAUUCCGGUGAGAAUAUCUUGGCCGCCUUGCGUCUCUACGUCCAAACUUUACAGAUCUCGAAGGCUAUUCUUUCCCGUCGGUUUACCGAUGUGCUGAGUAAACUGAAAUCCCGACCUUUACUUAGCGACCCCGACAUUCGCAAUGUUGAUGAUCUCUCGCUUGAUGUGUUAGGGCGUUGGGUGGCCACGGACAUUAUCAACUUCACGCCAUGGAUCAAGCUUAGUGAGCAAUCCAAACAAGAUGCCGAGAAGACAAUCAAGAAGUGGUCACAGAGCGCCUUUGACGAUUUUGUGCGCCGUAGUCAGGACAGCCUCACGACUUGGGCGGAGUUUUCGCCGCUACUACAACUUCGCAAAGAAACAUUGGAGCUUUGGCUUUGUUCCUGGAGUUCUACGCCUGCCCAUUCAGCCUUGCAGGUCUUGGAAGGCACGCGGGAUGUGUUCAACGGCCGCCUUAAGAACAUCUUAUCGGACAAAGCCAAUGCUUUAGAUACAUUCGGCCAAGCUGUUACGUCGGCAAUCUCAAAUUGGGGUAGCGCAGAACACGGUCGUACUCAGUCCAUGUGGGACCACGAACUAGUGUCGCUUGACUAUUCUAACGGUGCAGCUGCCUUCAAGGAAGCCAUUGCGGAUAGGCUACUGGGUAGAGACGCGGACAUAUCUGUCGUGACGGACAAGUACCAAGCUUGGCUUCUUACGAUUGGGUCUCUCAGAGAAUCCAUUGAUGCUCUACGAGAGGUUCGAUGGCCUGACAUACUCGAUGAAGCCGCGGAUGAGGACAUUGACAUUGACGUUGCGGCGAUCCUAAAUGAAGAUGAUAAACAGCUUUUACGGGAAGCUCUCGAAGCUGCAGUUAGGCAGGCGUUUGAUACCCUCCAAAAGUCUUUCAGCGAUACAUCCAAAGCUAUUGGAGACUCAGAUCGAGGCGAGAAAGCUGCAUUCAUGCUGAAACUCAUUCGACUGGUUCGAAGAGAUCUUCCGCAUGAGUUUAUCCCGAGCGAUACAGAAUUCUCGAAGGACAUCAUUCCGGGGCUGCAAGAGAUACUUGCAACCGAGGUUGUUGCUGCUACCCGGCCCCUAUCGUUCGCUACUUUAGUCAGUCCUCGGUCAAAAUCCCUAGCUGGGAGGACGCUGUGGGAGGGCGAACCUGAGCUUCCUGUUCAACCGUCGCAAUCUACCUUCAAGUUCAUGCGGAGAAUGGUGGAGUCUAUGGAUCGGCAUGGACAUGGACUUUGGGAUACGUCUACCGUCCAUGUUCUUCAAAGCACUUUACAAAAAGAAAUAGCGGAGCGUGUUACCUCAUUCCUCAGUGGCAUAGACUCUCCUACAGAGUCCAAACCGAAUACCGAGGAGGAAACGCGUCCAACCGAGAACGGAGACGACAUUCCCACUGAAAAACCAACAGAAGCACACGCGCAUGAUAUUAAGCUUCAGCUAUACUUUGACACCAUGCUCCUGAGCAAUGCGUCGACUAAUAAAGAAACGCGGCAAAAUCCAUUACAAGAGGUCGCAGAAAAGCUCCGAGAUAGCUUUGGAUCAGAGGCGGGAUCGACCAGCAAGACCAUGGAUCAGCGGGCGCAGGAGUACUGGGACCGGACACGGUUAUUGUUCGGAUUAUUAGCCGUUGAAUCUGCUUAA